CUGCGUUGUAUCAGGAAACCUGACCAAGAAGCCCCAGAGAUGCUGCUCCUGGACACCUCAAGUUCCCUCGGGGACCGAAUGCUGCCCAUAGUUGGUGUGAUUGGACUUUACUGGAUUCUGUGGAUUAUAUACGCCCGCACCCUCCAUCCUUAUGCCAAAUAUCCAGGUCCCUUCCUGGCAUCAAUUUCUCGGUCCUGGAUUGUGAUGGAGGUUAUCCGAGGACAGUCACAUAAGACACAGGCGGAGCUGCACAAGAAACACGGCCCAGUCAUACGUAUAGCCCCAAACGAAGUUGCAAUCUCGGAUCCCGCAUCAGUCAAAGAGAUAUAUGGAAUUAAUUCAGGGUUCAGCAAGACCGACUUCUACACUCCCUGGAGACCCAGCUUUGCUCGCUUUCCCGAUCAUUUUACGUCAACAGACGAGAUUAUCCACAAAGAACGGAGAAGAAUCGUCAAUAGUAUUUACUCAAUGAGCAGUAUUGUAAAGUUCGAACACUUUAUUGAUGUAUGCACUGAGCUGUUCAUGACUAGAAUGGGAGAGUUUGCCCAACAACAAGAACCCGUUAAUCUUGCAACCUGGGUACAGUGGUACGCCUUUGACGUUAUCGGCGAGCUAUACUUCAGCUCGAUGUUCGGAUUCAUGAGAGGCCGUUGCGACGUUCGAAAUUAUAUUGCCUCUCUCGACACACUGCUCCCUGUUCUAUGCAGUGCUAGCGUGAUGCCAGCCUAUGCCCGGACGCCCUUCCUUGCCUCGGGGGUAUUGCUCAGCUCGGUAAGGAAAGUACUGAAGGCUUUGACCAAUAUUGAACAAGCGUCGGCAACGUGUGUCCGAGAAAGACUGCAAUCCAGGUCAGAUGAGGAUCAUUCGAGAGCAGAUAUCCUUAACAAACUACUUGAAAUCCACAAGCAUAAGGGUGGUCAGCAGGACUUCAUGAUGACGGAUGUACAGACAGAAGCUUAUGGUGGGCUGUUUGCUGGUAGUGACACGACAGCUGCGGCCCUUUCCUCUAUACUGUACUACCUUAUGAAAAACCGGAACGUUUAUGAAAAACUCCUUAAAGAGAUAGAUAGAGCAACAGCUGCGGGCAGGCUUAGUUAUCCACGCAUCAAAUACGCCGAAGCAAUGCAGCUCCCGUACCUGGUGGCGUGCUGCAAGGAAGGGAUGCGGAUGCACCCCAGUGUUGGGUUAACACUUCCUCGGGUUGUCCCUCCAGGAGGGUGCCAGAUCGCAGGCAAGUGGUUUCCUGGAGGACUGCGUGUUGGCAUAAAUGCUGCAGUUAUCCAUUUCGACAAGACCAUCUUUGGUGAAGACGCCGAGACCUAUAAUCCGGAUCGGUGGUUGCGUGAAGACGCGGCUCAAAUGGAGCGACACAUGUUUCAGUUUGGAGGAGGGACACGAACAUGUCUAGGUAAAAAUAUCUCAUUAUGCGAAAUUCAUAAGCUAGUUCCGGAGCUUGUCCGGUUGUACGAAAUAAGGCUGGCUGAUCCUGAAGAGGGGUUCAGAUCUAUGAACCAUUGGUUCAACAAGCCUUUGCCUAUGUCGGUGCGGAUUAGAAAACGAGAUAAUACUGUAUAAUCGGACUCCUGAUCAUCAGCCGGGGGGUUCAUGUGCUCAGGUCGCUGUUUGAUAUCGUUCCUAAGUGCUUCAUGAAGUUGUCACCAGUAGCCAUAAGUUAGGGCACAGAAGUCAUUGUGAG